CCGCCAUUUUGCUAUCACUGGCAACGAGGCGUUGAAUGUACGUCAGUGUAAUAAACCGCGUUGCAAGGGAAAUUAAACUCAAAAUAUCGUUUUUUGUCCGUGAAAUGUAAUAAAUUCCCCGUAGGGACCAUACUCUGCGUUUGGAGAAUUCAUGAAACGUUCUAUAUUGUUACCGAGGCGAACAUAUCUGCAGUAGUUGUCGAGCAGUUCGGGUAAUUUGUACUGCGAGACAAUUAUAUUGGAAAUACUUGCAAUGAAUAUAUUGGACGUGGUUGGUGUGUCAGCCAUACAGAUUAAGAAACAAGUGAAGUUAAUUGUCAAAAAACAUGAAUGGUGAUGUUUUGUUUCAAAAUGCACAAAAUUGCCUGACUAUGGCUGCUGGCUCUGAUCGGCAGCCAAUCGAGUCAUCUGUUGUACCUGUCUGUGGAAAGCCUACAUCAAACUCAUUGACAAGACUUCCUGGUGUGAGGAACCAUAUACCAUAUUCGGAUCACAACUAUGGCAAGCCAUUGACACCACCAGACUCGUGCAGUCCAGAUCACCCUGAGGAAGCUGAUACUGGAAAUGAAGAUGAAGGAUUUACAAGAUGUAUCUGUGGCUUUAAACAUGAUGAUGGUUAUAUGAUAUGCUGUGAUAAAUGCAGUGCUUGGCAACAUAUAGAGUGUGUUGGCAUCAAAAGCAACUGUGUUCCUGACACAUAUCUUUGUGACAUGUGUCACCCAAGACCAUUAGAUACGAAAAGAGCAAUACAGAUACAGACUAAGAAGUUUGAAGAGCCAACAGAUGAAGAAGAUGAUGAUGAUUGUGAUGUUAGUGACCAUGACAGUGAUAAUGCAGUAUCCAGAGUAUCCUUGCCAAAUCCAGCAUCCAUGAAGGAAAAUGUCCUAACGAAAGGCAAAAGAAAGAAACGAGAAUCGACAAGAAAGCUUAACCAAAAGGAGAUGAAACAUAACAAGAGAAAGAGACGGAAAAGAAAGCAUAUAUCAACUGACACUAUUCCAGUUGAUGAGGAGACAAAUGGGCCAUGGAACAUUUUAUCGUUUCCAGAACACAAGCAAUAUGAGGAAGCCAAUAAGACAGUGUUUAUUGGAGACUUGGCAAAUCAUUCUCUUCCAUCCUUGGAGUCCAAUGCCAACAACAUUCUGAAGCCAGAGCAGAUAUGUAAAGUUGUGUAUGUACAGAAAACUAAGCAGGGUGUGGUGGUCACAGAAGACAUCAAUGGACAGCAGUUUAUAAUCGAAUGCAAAGGAAAGCUUUUGUUAGAGACGCAAUUUAAAGAAGACCAUCCUAUGUUCUCUAAGUGUGAUCCGUUUGUUCUGUACUAUACAACGGUUGAACCUAGGCUGGUAAUGAAUUUCUCUGAUUAUGGAAACGACGCACGUUUCAUUCGAAGAUCCUGUACACCAACCGCAGAGAUACGUCAUGUUAUGAUUGACAACAAACCUCAUCUUGUUGUUGUUUCCUUGACUUCGCUCGCGAAAGGAACCGAAGUAACCAUAGCAUUCGAGUUUCCAUUUCACGAGUACAGACGCCAGUUGGAUUGCGCAUGCGCUCAAGAAAACUGCAAUGUUCAGAAACAUAACGAAACAAUACAACGAGUUGAGCAGACGAACGGAUUUCGUGGUAGCAAGGAUGAACAAAGCUUGGUUGAUAGCAGUCUUAGUAAUCACAUGGACAGUGACUCUGAUGGUGAUAAUGUGACGAAGGACAAGAGAAGUCGCAAGAAAUUAUCACGCGAAGACAGGAAACUGCAACAGUAUUUACGACAAUUUGAGAAGAUGGAAAAAACGGAAAAGAAAAAGCUGCAACACUCGACUAAUGGCCGCGAUGCUCGAACUGGAAUUCUAACACCACGGAACUAUCCCGAAGAGUUCAAUGGGGAGACACCAUCGAAACCCUGCAAAGCAUUAAGGAAGCAAGGCCUGAGUCAACGUCAACAGCGUAAGAUCCAGGCUAUACGUCGGGCACAACGUCUUAGCUGUUCAUCAGAACCACUUUCACCAGAAGAUAACUAUAGCAGUGCUGCUUCUACCCCAACAACACCUUGUGUGAAUGUCGUUGAGGAGACCAACGAUCAUCAUCAUCUUCACGAUACGACCGAUAAAUCCUUUAAAUUUCCUAAAUUCAAAAAGGGUUCGUUGAAUGAUGUGACUGCUUCAAGUAUCGACGCUGCUUCCCGCAGCAGCAAUCCUUCGCCCGAGGCCUCCGGCUAUCCCAGUCCUUCAAAAUCGCUAUUUGAAACUCGGCUUGUGGAGGUUGACGAGCCAAAUUGUGACAGACUGAGUGCCGCAAUCAAUGGCGCCUCAUCACCAAGGACUGAUCCCAACUGUUCGCCCAGUCCUUGUCAUUCUACCUAUGCUUCUCCAACCCAUUCAGAGAGUGUCGAUCUUCCCGACAUGUUUUCUCGUCAUCAUCUCGCCUCGCCCACUUGCAGCUCCGUAGCCUCAUUUAUUUUAAAUUCUGGACUAUACAGGUCCGAUCCUACGCAUACCACGCUGAAAAAGCGGUGGUUGUUACAAUAUGCAAACGAACGAGCUGAGAAUAAAAUGCCGGCCAAUGGGAUUGUUACUACGACGGUUUACAGACCAAGUCAAAUAUCCCGGGUUAUCGUUUCACCAAGGACGUUUCCCCUGCCGUACAAGCGGCGCAAACUCAUGGAAUAUCAGAGAACUGUAAACCAUGCAUUAGUAAAAACUUCACAGCCAAGUUCUGAUUGUGCAGCGGAACAUGCUAAUACUAGUCAAUGUUUGGUUGACAGUGCCGGUAAUGUCUCGUCUACUGUAAAGAUAUCGUCUUCUAUUCUAUCAAAGGUUUCGUCUUCAUCGAUUACAUCUUCGUCGGUUACGUCAUCAUCGAUGAUGUCAUCAUUUAUGAAGCCUUCACCGACAUCAGCAUCGCCAUCACUCGCAGUAUCAUCGGUGACUUCGAUAAACACCGUGGCUUUAGCUUCCACGAAUGACACCAGACCAACGAUGUUGCAAAGCACGCUAACUGGACUAACCGUUACCGGAAGUGACGAACCAGUAUUUCCACGUGUAACCGGAAGUGAGGAAGCAACCUGGGGUAGGCGAAUUAGCGGCGGAAGUGACGAUACUAGUGUAGGUCAUAGUAGUUUAUCAAGUAUCAGUUCUACUGAUGAUAUAAACAUCACGGGAAUUCCUAGUGAUGGCGCGAAGGUUGAACCGAAUUCAGGUAACGCAGUAGGAAGUAGCUCGGAGGUGAAUCGUAGUUUACUGCCAACGUGUUCGCAAGACAGGCAGGAAAGCUCUCUCGAGUCGAGCACGGACUGCGCAACGAGAACGUUGGAGGACACGUCUAGGGAUAAGCCACCUCAAGUAGGGUCAAGUGGGGUUAUUGAAGGAAGUACAGGAACAACGAAUGCAACAUCAACUACACCUGGAGGGAAGAAAAAGGUCUCUUUAUCAGAAUAUCUGAAUCGUAAGCGAACAACUGGAUCAUCGGUGAAGAAAGAUACUCUCUUUUCAUCCGAGGUCACCUCGGCAAGCCAGUCACGUGUCUCCGAAGCAGGUAGCCUAUUGGCUACUAGUAGUGAUCCUGCAUCGUCUGUCGUAAACUACCGAGCAGGCUUGGUUACAAGUGUGAGCACGAGUGGAUAUGGCACUACACUAUUGUCAACGACGGGAGUCAGUAGUAGUACUGGAGGGGUUAUGAUUGAACCUGUGAGCCCUGACGAGGGAUUUGAUGAUAGACCAUCGUUACAUAACGCUGGACUAGCUUCACAAAGUUCGUCAAGUGUAGAACGUGAAGUGAAACCAACAUCACUAUCAACGACACCAUCAUUUCGUAGUUACUCACAAAAUAUCCCAACUCGACCUGUCCCGGAAACUGGAUGCAAUAGCGAUGCGAUGGAUAUCGAUGACGAUGAAGUUCCUUCGUCAAGUACGAUUGUCGUCAACACCCCAGUGUCACUGCCUGGUGACAGAUCAGCGGGGGUGACGUCAUCGGAUAUGAUGGGUUCGUUGGGUAUACAACCUUAUUCAAAUCUUAGCCAGCCAAUGAAAUUUAACAAUGUUGCAUCAGCACAAUCAUCUCCAAGACGACAGGUUACAAACUCAACUGUGUCGUUGGAAAAUCAUAUUCGUCAACCAGCGCCAGCCGCCCAGAUACCCAACACGUCAUUACAAACCCUACCACGCCAUCCUGACUUCCGGCCUUCGAGUAACCGAUCUAGUCCCUUCCAUUAACUUCACGUCUUAUGCAUUCGCAGAUUCUAAAUAUACCUGUUCUUUGGUUGGCGACUGCUUUUGUUUGAAAUGUUUGGUUUGCGUGUCCUUUCGGCGUGGUGUAAACUCUACACGUGCUUCCACACGAGGUCUUCACGAGUCACUGGAAUGGCACGUGUAACUUUUACACCUGGUUUUCAUUUGGCCUACGACGAUGUUAUGUCGUGGCCAUCAAAUCAUAACUCACAACAUUGCUUUGGCAUUUUACUGAUUUCAAAACUGUACAGAACUCCUUCCACACAAGUUGCGUCAAACGUGCAGCGUCCUUGACUAUUGUUCAAGCACCGUCCAUUGGUAGAAUGUGACAUUUUAAUCUGUAUAGUUCAAUCAUUAGAUCCGAAUUCUAAAUAAAUCGUGAAACUCAGAUUUAAACGCUAGACUACAUCGUAUCACCAUCAUUUUUUGAAGCCAAAUAGAAACCAAGUGCGAGAAAGCAUAUUAGCCAAACGUGAUCCCUUAUGUACAUUUACUAUCGUAUUGAUAUUUGACUUUUGCUGAACUCGUGGGAAGUACAUGCAAACAACCGUUGGUGCGACGUUUAAUUAAUGGACAUUAAUUUGAGUGUAUGUACGGACGAUGAGGUAGAGCUUGAGAAUGGUCUCCUUGUUUUUACCGUGAUCAAGCAAAGUGUACAAAUGUGCAAAGUUAUUUGAUAAAAUAAUACCAAGUAA